CAUCCCCAUUAACCACGUUUCACCGCCCACACUUCGUGUCGACGUUCUAUCUUCAUUUUAUCCUUCUAUUCGCUACACUUACACAACUCAUCCCUCGCCUAGCGCCCACACAGUCCUUGAACAAGUGGUAUCGGAGCCUGGGAUCCCAAAGAGCUCAGUUCUGUAUCUGGAUGGUCCUUCGCCAGAUGAGAAACGACGGACCUGUGAGAAUUAGGAAAGACGUUGCGCCGGUGCAUUACAGCGCACCCAGAAAUGUAUCAGCGACAUGGAAGAACGCGUGAGGGACGUGCGUAGAGUGCGGAAACGUCAUUUCAUCAACUUGAGCAAGCAAAUCAACGCAGCCUUCUACUGGUUCGUGGACUUCCGCAGAGGCUUUGCUCAAUACAUGCGCAACAUGGGAUGGAACGUCAUAGAAUGCCCUACCGAGGCCGGUAUUGCGAUUGCUCACGCCUGCCAACUCAACGAUAUCAUCCUAUCGUCCGACAGCGAUAUGCUCGCUUACGACACAAUUACGACCAUCUGGAGGCCCAUGUCGAGAAGGAAGUUCCUGGUGUACGACGUUCCGAUCUACGUUGACAAGCUCAAGGAUGUGGAGGCACACCUCGAUUCCUUCUACAACUGCAGAAUGGUCCCCAAAAACUACAAGUGGGACGCAAGAAGGGUGUGGGGCGAGGAGUAUAAGCAGACUGCCAAUCGUCUUCUCAAGCUGGUCAGCGAAUCAAUUGGCGCCAAGAGAGAAGACAGUAACAAGGUUGUGAUCGGCGUGGGUCUAGGGAAGUUUUCUACAAAGACCAAACUGUCCUUUUUGCACGAGUCGUUCCAAUCGUACUUUGUCCAGAAAGCAAGUGGCCGAAUGAUGUCCCUUAGCGACCCUGCAAUUGCUCUCUCUUGCGGGACAUCACGACUACUCUCGCCUCUCCCUCCAAUUUGUUUCUAGGCCAGAUCGCUUGGCUGCAUUGUUGUAGGUGUAAAUGAGUAUUACACCUCGGAAAAGAGUCCGAGCUGUGAGGGUUUCCUUGGUUAUAUCAGCAUCCACCGGCCUUAUUGUUCAAGGCGCAUGACGCUCAUGCAUCGCGAUAUCAUGGUCGGCUACAACAUCAGGAAUGCAGUCCGUAGCUAUCUGAUUAGCCAGCAGCGGCUCCUGUACCUCCAGUCCAAAGAUAUCGAUGGGAACUACUCAUGGAUGCAAACUGAGAGGCCUUGCUCAGUGAGCAGCAGUAACAGAGAUUGCCAGCGUCGUGUUGGAUAUGGUGGGGUCAAGCGACAAACACCGUCUGGGUUGAUGGACUCUCCAAGGCACAAGAUAAUUCAGGACGAGUAGUUGUAGACAUUCUGUGUAUUAGCAAGCACAUAGUCUUAGGAGGGGCGUGCGGUUCGUCACUUCGG